AUGAGCGCGCCUGCGGCAGAGGAAUCACCUCCGGGAACCGACCGCGGAGAGCGCAGCCAGUCCGCCCAGCGGCCGGCGAGCCCUGGUCCCGCGCUGCGCUCCAGUCCGCCGCUCGCUCUGGCUGACAGCGGCUCUGCAUCUGAGGCCGCACCCUUCCCGGCCCAGUUGUCCAAGAAUCCCCCGGGGCCGUGCGGGAACGCACCCAGAGUUACUGGUGAGGCGUCUGAUGCCAAAUGCAUCCCCCCUGCACCCACCUUUUUUGGAAGCUCGGAGGAUAUUUCCAUUAUCCUUGAUAUUCUGAAAUUUUGUGCUGCCGUCAUGCGAGUGCCCACAGAGCCCAGGCAGAGACCUAGUUCGCAUGCGCCGGGGGCGGGGCUGAUCCGGGGCGGGGCUGAUCCGGGGCGGGGCGAGGCGGAGCCGGGGCGGGGCGAGCGGCCGUUGCAGGGCGUGGGCGGCACUCGGGGUCCUUGCUUAACCUCCGUCCGCUCUCCCGGAGCAGGUGUCUCCUCUUCGGGCAGGCCCGGCCCAGCCGGGAGUGACACCGCGGCCCUGGCGCAGCUGCCGCCGCAGUCGCCGCCGCCCUCGCGGGCGCAGACGUCCCCGGGACCGGCGAGCGGCGCCGCCCCCAACCGCCGACUGGGCAAUGUCCGCGGCGUAUCUGUGCCGCGGUCGCCGCCCGGGCGUCGGGCCCGCCUGUCCACCCCCGGGACCAGCCGCCUGUCUUCCGCGGCCCGCGAGGAGCUUCGGCGUCGCCUGCUGGGCCUCAUCGAGGGCCACCGAGUGGUCAUCUUCAGCAAGAGCUACUGUCCGCACAGUGCGCGGGUUAAAGAACUCUUUUCUUCCCUGGGAGUUGACUGCAAUAUCUUGGAACUUGAUCAAGUUGAUGAUGGGGCCAGUGUUCAAGAGGUGCUGUCAGAGAUCACUAAUCAGAGGACCGUGCCCAAUAUCUUUGUGAAUAAAGUGCACGUGGGCGGAUGUGACCGAACUUUCCAGGCACAUCAGAGUGGUUUAUUACAGAAACUCCUUCAGGAAGAUCCAGCGUAUGAUUACGACCUCAUUGUCAUCGGUGGUGGCUCUGGCGGCCUUUCGUGUGCUCAGGAAGCUGCCGCUUUGGGGAGGAGAGUCAUGGUGCUGGACCUCGUGGUCCCGUCGCCCCAGGGCACGUCGUGGGGUCUCGGUGGUACUUGUGUGAAUGUCGGCUGCAUACCGAAGCAGUUGAUGCACCAGGCCGCCCUUUUGGGCCAGGCGCUGGCUGACUCGAGGAGGUUUGGCUGGGAGUGCGCUCAGCAAGUGAAGCACAACUGGGAGACCAUGACCGAAGCCAUUCAGAAGCACGUCGGCUCUCUGAACUGGAGCUACCAGCGGGCUCUGAGGGAGAAGGCGGUGGCCUACGUCAACUCCUACGGGGAAUUUGUUGAACACCAUAAAAUCAAGGUAACCAAUGGAAAAGGACAGGAAACGUAUUAUACUGCAGCAAAAUUUGUCAUAGCGACAGGGGAAAGGCCGCGCUAUUUGGGAAUCCAAGGAGAUAAAGAAUACUGUAUCACUAGCGAUGACCUCUUCUCUCUGCCCUACUGCCCGGGCGCGACCCUGGUGGUGGGCGCAUCCUCCGUGGCGCUGGAGUGCGCAGGCUUCCUGGCCGGCCUGGGCCUGGAGGUCACGGUCAUGGUGCGCUCGCAGCUCCUGCGGGGCUUCGACCAGAAGAUGGCCGAGAAGGUGGCUUCCUCCAUGCAGCAGCUCGGCGUCCGAUUCCUGCGCAAGUUCGUGCCCGUGGAGGUUCAGCAGUUGGAGAAGGGGUCACCCGGGAAGCUGAAGGUCGUGGCUAAAUCUACGGAAGGGACAGAGAUGAUUGAGGGCCUUUACAACACGGUUUUGUUAGCAAUUGGUCGUGACUCCUGUACGAAGAAAAUCGGGCUGGAGAAGAUUGGUGUCAAAGUCAAUGAGAAGACUGGCAAAAUCCCAGUGAACGACGUGGAGCAGAGCGGCGUGCCCUAUGUCUACGCCGUCGGGGACGUCGUGGAGGGUAAGCCUGAGCUCACGCCCGUCGCCGUGCAGGCGGGCCGGCUGCUGGCCCGAAGGCUUUCUGGGGGCCGUUUAGAAAAGUGUGACUAUAUCAAUGCCCCCACCGUGGUGUUCACCCCCCUGGAGUACGGCUGCUGCGGGUACGCGGAGGAGAAAGCCGUGGAAGUGUACCGGAAGGAGAAUCUGGAGGUCUACCACACUUUGUUCUGGCCUCUCGAGUGGACAGUGGCCUGCAGAGACAGCAACACCUGUUACGCGAAGAUUAUCUGCAGCAAAUUCGACCAUGAUCGGGUGAUAGGAUUUCACGUCCUUGGACCGAAGGCCGGUGAGAUCACCCAAGGAUUUGCAGCCGCCAUGAAAUGUGGGCUCACGAAGCAGCUGCUGGACGACACCAUUGGGAUCCACCCCACGUGUGCACAGGAUGAUGUUGGUGUCACGUUCGGGACGUGGUUUCUCAGAGCAGAGCUCCAGUACCGACAGCUAAGUGUGGAUUCGUGUCGUUUCCUUCCCGUGGGCAGGUGUUCACCACCUUGGAGAUCACGAAGUCCUCGGGGCUGGACAUCACGCAGAAGGGCUGCUGAGGCUAAGCCGCUGCUGUCGCUUUCCUUGUCCCGCUGCCGUUUCUGUGAAGACGGCGUGCUCUCGGCUGUGGCUGAAGGGCGAACCCCAGCUUAGCCCCCUUCUGCGAUGGACGUGAAGGCCCCCAAGGGGUCCCACCAGGGUAAGAAGAGUAAGAACAGGACCGAGGAGAAGUUUGCCAGGAAGUUUCCGUACAGGUACCAGACCCUGAGCCCAGGCCCUGAGGGCGGACCCUGACCCCUGACCCCAGACCCUAACCCCGGGCCCUAAGCCCAGGCCCUGACCCCAGGCCCUGACCCCAGACCCUGACCCCAGGCCAAGCCCUGCCUCCCCGCAGGUACCCUAGGAACACACUCUGGGGCACAGAGCCGGAGAGGGGCGGUCCUCUGUCCACAGGGAGCUCCCUGACCAGCUCUGCGCUCCGUGACGGUGGGGGUCCACCUUCGCCCCCAUCCCACCCUGAGCCAAGGGCCUCCAGAGAGGGGCCCAGGGCCCCCAGGCCCCCCCAGAGCCAUGGCCAACCGCUUCCUUUGGUCCAGUGGCCCUGACACCCGU